GCGACAGAGCCUAACAAGUGUAAACACAAAAUGGCUCUUAUGGUGUCUCCAGAGAUGGAUCAGACAGAUCUGAUCAAAAUAGAUCGGAAAGAGGUAGAAGGUAAUAUUAGUCAAGCCUUUGAAGAAGAUGUAGACCAGGAAAGAAGCCCCAGCAAUUUGAGUGAACCCAUUGAUGUUAUUGAGCAAACUGAGGAGAGAAAUUAUGCAGUCAAUUGUGACAAAAUUAAUCAAUUUUCAGGACCCUAUGCUGGAAUGCCCAAGGAAGUCUUACUCGAGUAUUCAAGUCAAAUCUGUUACAGGCUGCCGAGAGAAAUUCUUUUCUGGCUCAUUAUUGCAGCCACACUAGUUCUGGUAGCCUGUACUAUCAGUAUUAUUGCAAUAUCUCCCAAAUGUCUGGAUUGGUGGCAAGCCAGUCCAAUCUACCAAAUUUACCCUCGAUCCUUCAAGGACUCUGAUGGGAAUGGCGUUGGAGACUUAAAUGGAAUUAAAGAAAAGAUGGAUUAUUUUGUGGGUUUGAACAUUAAAGCUAUUUGGAUAAGUCCAGUGUAUAAGUCUCCAAUGAAAGAUUUUGGCUAUGACGUAGAAGAUUUUGAAGAUAUUGAUCCAAUAUUUGGAACAAUGGAAGAGUUUGAUAGCCUCCUAAAAACUGUACAUGAUAAAGGUUUGAAACUAAUCAUGGAUUUCAUUCCAAAUCACACCAGUAACAAACAUCGCUGGUUUCAACUUAGCCGGAACAGAACUGGAAAAUACACUGACUAUUACAUCUGGGUGAAUUGUAAAUCUGAGCUGAACAAAACCACGAGCCCCAACAACUGGGUUAGCUUGUUUGGAUAUUCUGCAUGGCAAUAUGAUGAGGUUCGAGGACAGUGUUAUUUACAUCAAUUCUUGAAGGAACAACCUGAUUUGAAUUACAGAAAUACUGAUGUGCAAGAAGAAAUGAAAAAUGUAUUAAGAUUUUGGUUGAAGAAAGGAGUUGAUGGCUUCCGGGUGGAUGCAGUCAAAUAUCUAUUGGAAGCUGAAAGUCUAAGAAAUGAACCUCAAGUCAACUUAACCCAGGAUCCAAGUAACAUCACAUCAUAUAAUGAGCUAUAUCACGAUUACACAACCACACAAGUGGGAAUACAUGACAUUGUCCGCAGCUGGCGACAUGUUUUGAAUGAGUUCAGUACAGAACCAGGCAGAUACAGAUUUAUUAUGACUGAAUCCUAUGAUAAUGGAGAACUUUAUAAGACCAUGAUGUACUAUGGAACACCGUUACAGCAGGAAGCUGAUUUUCCCUUUAACUUCUACCUGAUUGAUCUCGAUAAAGACAUGUCAGGAAAUGGAAUUUUUAAAAUUGUAGAUUAUUGGAUGCACAACAUGCCAGAAGGAAAAUGGCCAAACUGGGUGGUAGGAAAUCAUGACAAUUCACGUGUUGCUUCCCGCAUUGGUGUGCUGUAUACUGACGUUGUUAAUAUGCUUCUGAUGACGCUUCCUGGAACUCCUACCACUUACUAUGGGGAAGAAUUGGGAAUGGAGAAUAUACAUGUACCUGAAGAUGAGAUUCAAGAUCCUUUUGGAAAAUUUGAUCCUACACAAAAUCGAGAUCCACAGCGCUCACCAAUGCAGUGGGAUACUAGUGCCAAUGCUGGCUUCAGCACAGCAAACAAAACAUGGCUGUCCAUCCACUCCAACUACAUGACGGUAAAUGUGGAAGUUGAAAAGAAAGAACAGAACUCCAGCCUGAACCUAUACCGUGAGCUUAGCUUUCUUCGCCAGAAAGAAUUGCCUAUCCACCGGGGAUGGAUGUGUUACAUUUGGAAUGAUACGGAUGUGUUUGCAUAUGUGAGAGAGCUGGAUGGGUUGGAUUCUGCCUUCUUGAUUGUGUUAAACUUUGGUAAAGCUUCAGUGAUUAAUCUGGCAAGCAAAGUUCCAUAUUUACCCAAAGAAGCAAACGCAAGACUUGGUACUGACUCUAAUAAAAAGGGAAAUAAGGUUCAGACAGCAUCCAUUGUAACUAGUGCUGGAGAAGGUCUUGUAUUGGAAUACAGAACGCACAAUCCAGUACACAACAUGGUGGAAUUCAAAGAUAAGUGCUACAUUUCACAGAAAGCAUGUUAUUUGUCUUCACUUGGUUUAUUAUACAAGAACUGUUAAGUUUUAACAUUUUUUACAGAUGUUCUGUAGAUUAAUCAAUUAGUGGUACAGGAAACAACGUUAAAUAACUACGCUACUUGUUUUUGAUCUAUGAAAAUAAACCCCACUAAUAAUCUACAUUUUUGCAUGCUAUAUUCAAUUCUGUUUAAGUUUCUCAUCUGCCGAAAGUGUAUGUUCGGAUCUAACAUCUUGAAAUUCCAAGUCCCCUCACUAAUCUAGCUUUAUUGUAUGACUCCAAGCACACUAACAUCACCCUUUUAAUACCUCAUGCCAAUAGAUAAAACUGGUUAAGUAGUCCAGACCCAGCACCUGCACUCGCAAACCAUACCUUAAUUUUCCUUUGUUCAACGUGUGCAUAUAUUGUUGCUACACAAUUUUGUGCACAUAUCUCAAAUCUCUGUUUCAAUUCCUUCAGUCGAUUUUCUUUAUCAUUGAAUUGAGAAUAAUCAUGAAUUGUGUUGUUUGGUACUACAACUGAAUUAGUUAAAGCCCUGUCCCACGGUACGAGUUCAUUCCAAGAGCUCUCCCGAGUUUGCCCUGAUUCGAACUCGGAGAUUUACGUUAGUGGCCACUCGUCGGUACUCGGGGCUCUC